AUGCAAGAGGAAGAUGAAUUGGAACCCAAAAUAGGGAGGGAGUUUGAAAAUUUAGAUGAGGCAUGGGAGUUUUGGACAGAAUAUGGUAAAAGAAUUGGAUUUGGAGUUAGAAAGGGUACUUCUACAAAGAGUAGAGCAGACAAAUCCAUUAUUAUUACAUAUAGAUUUUUAUGUUGCAAGGAAGGUCUGCGAAGGAAAAAUGAAAAAAGGGCAUAUGCUUCUACACAUCGACCAGAGACAAGGACUAAUUGUAAGGCAAGAAUGGUAGUAUCUCGUGUUGGCCAAAAGUUUAGAAUCACUGUGAUUGAUAGAGAACAUAAUCACCCACUUCACACAAAAGACACAGUAAGCUUGUUACCAUGUCAGAGAAAUAUAUCAGAAGCUCAAGCCUAUGAAAUGGAUCUUGCAGAAGAAUCUGGACUUGAACCUAGGGAUACUUUUGACUUAAUGAGUACAUAUGCCGGUGGUCCAGAAAAUCUUGGUUAUACAAUGACAGAUGUAAAGACUUACUUGAUGUGCAAAAGGAAGAGACAUAUGAAGUUUGGUGAGGUGGGGUGUCUACUUGAAUACUUUCAGAAACAAAUUGAAGAAAAUCCAGCAUUCUACCAUAAAUAUCAAUUGGACCCUGAUCAACACAUCACUAAUGUUUUUUGGGCCGAUGCUCGCAUGCUAAUAGAUUAUGCACAUUUUGGUGAGGUUGUAUCACUUGAUACAACAUAUAGCACAAAUCAGAAUCAUAGACCCCUUGCACUAUUUUCUGGCUUCAAUCAUCAUAGAAGUGUGGUCAUUUUUGGAGCAGCACUAUUAUAUGAUGAGACAAUUGAGUCUUUUAAAUGGUUGUUAGAAACAUUUUUGGAUGCUCAUAUACAAAAAAAGCCUCAAACUGUGUUUACAAACCAAGAUCAAGCGAUGGCAAGAGCAUUGUGCGAAGUUCUUCCCAAUACAAAACAUUGUUUGUGUAGUUGGCAUUUAUUAAAAAAUGGUGUUAAACACCUUGGGAACCUCAUGAAAGAUGGGUCACAUUUUUUAACUGAUUUCAAGAAAUGCAUGUUUAAUUAUGUUGAUGUAGAGAAGUUUGAAGAAGCAUGGAGCCAAUUAUUAUCUUCUUAUAAUGUUCAUGAAAAUGGAUGGUUGAAGUCUACUUAUGAUAUUAAGGAGAAAUGGGCUUGGUGCUAUGUGAAGGAAACAUGCACACUAGGCAUGAGGAGCACACAGAUUAGUGAAAGUGUGAAUGCUGAUGUGAAGAGAUGUACAAAGCCAAAAUUGGAUAUCAAACGAUUUUUUAAAAGGUUUGACAAGGUUGUGGCAAAGAAGCGAUACAAAGAAGUGGAACUUGAGUAUGAAUCUCGACAAAAGAUUCCAAGGAUGGUUAAUCAAAGUGCACCUAUUCUACGCCAACUUGUGCAAGUUUAUACCCCUACUGUUUUUGACAUGUUUCAAGAGCAAUGGGAUCUCCAAUUCUCUGUAGAAUUAAUUACACGUGAUGAGAAAGAGUCAUUAUUUGUAUAUAUUGCCCGUAUGAUUGAUCAGGAAGGGGAAUGGAGAGUUGAGUUCAAACCUGAUACCCAUGAAAUUUUUUGUACUUGUCAAAAGUUUGAGUCCACGGGAAUAUUUUGUUGUCAUGCAUUAAAAGUGUACGAGUCAAAGGAUGUAAGAGUUAUGCCUGACCAGUAUAUUCUAAAGCGUUGGACUAAGGAAGCAAGGUUUGGUGUUGUCCAUGAUGUUAGAGGAAAUGAGAUUCAAGUAGAUCCUAGACUUGACAUCACGCAGAGGUAUAGACAGUUAAUGCUUAUGAUGGGAAGAUUGGCAUCCAAGGCUGCUAAGACACUUGAGGGAUUUACUUGUGUUCAGAGAUGUGUCAUUGAGUUAGAAAAUCAUAUUCCUAAUGGUAAUGAAAAUGAUACUUCUGAACUAGUCAUAGAGUCACAAAAUAUGCCAAAGGGGUUCAAAAAAAGAGAUGGAAAAUCAAGCAAGAGACGUUGGAAAGGUUGGGAAGAGAAGAAUUUAAAAACAAGAAGAAGAGUUGUAUCAAAGGACUCUCAAGAAGCUUCACCAUAUAAGAAGACAUCAAAGGAAAAAGAAAAGGCCUCAUCAUCAAAAAGAAGAAGAAAGGAUGAUCAACUGAAAGAUUUACAAGCUUCAGCAAUUUCUUACUUGGAAGCUCCAACACAACCAGUACAAAUACAAGAUUCAACAUUUUCAUAUGCAAUCCCUCCGGUACAACAUAUUUUUUCACCCCCUACAUCACAAUCAUUGUCAUUUACAAGCUUAUUGGUGGUAUGA